AUGGGUUUCGCUAUUUCCGCUAAAACUGCAAACACUGUUGCGGCUGUAGGGAGCGGCAAGAGGUUAUUUGGAAUAUACGGCGAGUGUACGCAACUUAAUAAAAGUAAUAGUAAUGAUGAUCAUAGUUUUAAUUCUUAUAAAUAUUAUUGCGUGGAUAGUUUUACACCUUCAAACAUUUUUGACGGUACAAAAUUUUUGUUGAUUAUGCAUGCUGUUGGCGUAAUAACAUCAUUAAGGUUGCUUUACAUUGGAAUUUAUGCACGUAGUCAUGUUGUGAAUGAAGGAAUGACAUGGGUAUUUGCAUUAUUCAAUUCUUUUAUCAUUUUGUUAGCAAUGUCAGGACAAAUUGAUAUGUUUUUAAAACUCCAAAAUUGGUUUAAUGAUUAUAAUGGAAAAGAUUUGAAACUUGAAGCUGGUGCAUUUGGUCUUGUGAUUAUUUCCCUUAUAUUCUCACUCUUGUCAGUUUUUGCAUUUUACAAAGGAAAUCAAGCUGUAAGUGAAGGAGGCGGUGACAUCAAUGGUUCCAACGAUAAUGAAAAUAUGAACACAGUAAUGACCAACCAGCAGAAACCUGUUCAUCAACAAUUUCAAAUUCCACAAUCUUAUUCAAACACUCAAUCUGAUACAAAUAAUCAACCUUAUUUGAGCACCAACUACCAACCUGCUAUUUAA